AUGUCGUCGGCCGACUUUGACCGCAAAUCUGCCUCAUUCUUGGAAUGGUUCAACAAGUUGCCUGGCGCCUCAUUCUCGGAUGCAAUUGAAAUUGUGGAUCUUCGCUUCCGCCAUGCUGGCCGUGGAAUAAUUGCUACUCAGGACAUCCCCGCCGAUACCGAAAUCGUCUCGAUACCCAGGAAUGCCAUCAUCUCCUCGGAAACGUCUGAACUGAAGAACAUUCUGCCGGCCUUGUUCGAAAGUCACGGUGAUGAAGACGAUGAACAAGCUUUAGACUCUUGGAGCGCCCUAGUCCUCGUCAUGAUGUACGAGUUUUUCCUUGGUGACCAGUCCAAGUGGAAGCCAUACUUGGAUGUCUUGCCGGACAGUUUCGAUACUCCAAUGUUUUGGUCCGAUGAAGAACUGUCGCAUCUUCAAGCUAGCGCCGUGGUGAAUAGAAUCGGCAAGGCUAGUGCAGAGGACAUGUUUCGCACCCGCCUGAUCCCGGCUAUCCGACAGAACCCAGAUGUAUUCGCCGCAAGCCGAGAUUAUGGCGACCACGAUUUGAUCAAGUUGGCUCACCGGAUGGGGAGCACCGUCAUGGCAUUUGCCUUUGACCUGGAGAAUGACGGAGCGGCGGCAGAUGAUGACGAGGCGGACGGCUGGGUGGAGGACCAGGAAGGGAAGUCCAUGAUGGGCAUGGUUGCCAUGGCGGAUAUGCUCAACGCAGAUGCCGAGUUCAACGCUCACGUUAACCACGGCGACGACGAGUUGACAAUCACGACGUUGCGCGACGUCAAGGCAGGUGAUGAGAUCCUCAACUGCUACGGACCUCACCCCAAUUCCGAACUAUUACGUCGAUACGGCUACGUCACGAGCCAGCAUUCCCGGUACGACGUGGUGGAAAUUCCUUGGGAGGCGGUCCAGGACGCGCUCAUGUCCGAGUUGAACGUGUCGCGGGAGGUCCUGGCCAGAGCGAUGGAGCAAAUUGACCCAGAAGACUUGGAGGAUGUUUUCGUCCUGGAACGAGAAUCUGGCGAGCCUAACCCGGACGGAACGCUGGAUGGCGUGGCCAGAGUGGAGGGCAUGCCUGCGGAUCUGAAAGAGCAGUUAAAGACUGUCGUGAAGCAGCUGCAAAAGAUGAACCAGGGCCUGAUACCAGACAAGAGAAAGAGAAAUGACGUCCUGCAAUCCAUAGUGACUGGAGCGCUUCGGUCCAUAGCAUCCCGAUAUACAACCACCGUGGCAGAGGACCAAGAGCUGCUGAAGCGGGACGAUCUUCCACACCGCCAGCGAAUGGCCAUCACGGUCAGGCUAGGGGAAAAGCUGCUGAUGCAAGAGGCUUUCAAUCAGCUUUCAGAAGCCCCUGCGCAAUCGCCCGAGACAGACCCCUCGGCAUCGAAAAGGGCAAGGAGGGGCGACUAA